UGUAAUAAGCACCAGACAUGCACGGCAGGGACUGCGUCAAAGUGGCCGUCAGAGUCCGACCAUUCAACAAGAGAGAACGGGAUGCAGGCUGCCGUUGCAUCAUUGCCAUGGCAGCAAACUCCAUCAGCAUCCAGGACCCGCGCGACUCUCAGUGCCGCCGCUCUUUCUGCUUUGACUAUGCCUACUGGUCCCACAGCGGUUACAUCAUUCAGGACCACACUGGCCUCUACCUGCCUGAGGAGGCAGGCGGGCGCUAUGCGGACCAGGACUGUGUCUUUCAGGACCUUGGAGAGGGAAUACUGGAAAAUGCACUCCAGGGUUACAAUGCCACUCUGCUGGCUUAUGGCCAGACAGGCUCUGGGAAGAGUUACUCUAUGGUGGGCUACAGGCCCAAUAAAGGCCUGGUUCCUAAACUGUGUGAGCGACUGUUUGAAGCCAUUAAAGAAAACCAGGAGAUGAGACAAUGCCAGGUCUUCUUCAGUAUGUUGGAAAUCUACAAUGAGCAGGUGGUAGACCUGCUGUCUCGUGGUUCUCGUCCUCCUGGGGGGCUCCGUGUCCGUGAGGAGCAGCACAGGGGCUUCUAUGUUGAGGGUCUGCGAACAGUUCCUUGCGAUAGUGCAGCACAGGUGGAGCAGUUGAUGGAGCAAGGCACCAGAACCAGAACCACGGCCGCCACGCACAUGAACGCAAACAGCAGCCGCUCACACAUGCUCAUUGUGUUACAGCUCAAACAGAUCUUGUCUAAAGAGAGCGUCACCAAACAGUCCAACAUUAACCUGGUGGACCUGGCAGGAAGCGAGCGUCAGAGAUCGGCGUCGUCCGAGGCCGACCGUCUCAAAGAGGGCACGGCCAUCAACUUGAGCCUCACGACUCUGGGCAAUGUCAUCAGUGCCCUCGCUGACAUGGCGGUGGGGAGGAAGGUGGUGCAUGUUCCGUACAGAGAUUCGGUUCUCACCAAACUGCUGCAGUCUGCUUUGGGGGGAAACAGCCGCACUGUUAUGAUUGCCACACUGAGCCCUGCGGACAUCUGCUAUGAAGAGUCUCUGUCCACACUACGGUUUGCUGAGAGGGCAAAGCACAUCCAGAACCGCCCUGUGGUGAACGAGCGCCCCACCGAGCGUCUGGUCAAAGAACUCAAAGCUGAGAAUGCCAGGCUGAUGCAACGGUUGAGUCGACUUGGCCAGGAUGGCCGGAGUGCCAAUGAUGAAACCAAGGAGAUCCGUCAGCUGCUGACACAUAAUGAGCUCCAGAUCAGAACCAUUCACACUCUGUGGGAGCAACAUCUGCAGGAGGCACUUCGGGACUGGGAGCAACAAUAUGCCAACAUCACACAGGAGAGGAGAAUGAUGCAGAUGUAUCCUUACAUCCUGAACAUCAACGAGGACGCUCAGCUGUCCGGUGUAGUUAAGCUGUUCAUCCAAGAGGGUGAGUGGGACAUUGGCCUCAGUGAAGGCAGCCUCAGAUCCAUCACCAUCAAGGGUUUAGGGAUUCAACAGCGUCAUCUUGUGUUGAAAAACAACCAGCGGCGUGUAACGCUAACCCCGCUGAAGAGUUCCAAGGUGACCAUCAAUGGAAAAGUGGUUUCUCAGACCACUGAGCUGCAGCACCUGGACCGACUCAUUCUCGGGUCCAACUGCACUUACAUUUAUAUCGGUUUCCCGUCUGAGAGAGUCGCUAACGACUGGAGCUGCUACGACUAUGACUACUUCCUGUCUGAGUUGGCCGCCGCUGAGGGCAUCCACCUGGGUGAACGCAGCUCAGAUUCCAGUCAGACGGAUCCCAGUUUGCUGGCCGUCUUUUAUGACUACAUCAAAUUGAUGCCCCUGGUGGCUGAAGCCAAUCAGAUGAGCCAGGAACUUAAUAAGGAUGUGGAGUUCAAACUGGAGAUUAAGAAUCUGGUGCUGUCUGACUCAAAAGGACACGACCUGGAGAAAGAGAUAGUUUGCAGAGUCACUUCUCAGCACACCAAACAGGUUUGGAUAUGGUCCAAGGCAAAAUUUGUGAACCGCAAAUUCCUGAUGGAAGAACUCUACCAGCAACAUCAGGAAGAGAUAAAAGUCCAACAUACAGGAGAAGGCCUCUCCAUUGCUGGCCUGCCCAGAGACAAAGACCCUUUUUGGGAUCCAGUAGAGCCGUUGCUCCUGGGGACUACUCACCUCUGGCUGCAGUCUCUGGCCUUCCGUAUUCCCGUGGACGAACAACUGGAGGUGCUUGGGUCCGAAGGUAGUGAGGAGGCCAUCCUUCAAGCUAAGCUCGUUCCUUGCAACGCUGACGGAUUGCCUCUGGGCGAAGACGACAUCCUCAUCGACCCGUCUGAGCUGCUCGGCCGGCGUCUUGACGUCCAGCUGGUUGUGGAGCAAUGCUUCGGUUUGCGCUGGAUCAGGGAGGCUCGCAGUCGAGGCAUUCAGAUUGGUUUCAGUCUUUUGGACAGUGGCGGUCGUCUGUACACGCCGGCUGCUUGGCACAACGUCAACCCUGCGCUGCAUCACAAAGUACACUUUGCCUCCCUUCGUGUCUCCCAACAGCUACUGGACUACCUUCAGAGCAGCGCUGUUCUUCUGGAGCUUUGGGGGCUUCAAGAGGGCUGUGCAGAAUUGGUAUCAUCUGUGGAAGGCGCUCAAGUGACCACAGAGGGCAUUGUCAUCAUUGAUGAGACUGGCAUGGUUAAUACUAUUCCCGCAGAUUGCUUGGAGAUGAACAGUUCACUGAGGAGACUUCAGAGAGACCUUGAAGAACAGAAAAGAGUCAAUAACAACCUCAUGAAGGAGAAUCAACUUUUAAGAGGACAACUCAACGUGACCAACGUAGGCGGUGACAGUGGGCGGAGUCGCUCGGUUCGGCCCAGUUGCGACGCAGAGUUUGCCCGCUCAUUGAAGCAGUUCUACCACAACAUGACCUCAGUCAAGGCUCAGCUGCAGAGUCUGCGCAGACACAGGCCCAGCGAGUCAUGUGACCUGAUGGGACUCCGCCUCUACGUGGACGAGCACAGCGGUCUGCUGAAGGACUUCUCCGAACAGCUGGAACAAAGCGUGUCCGCUCUCAAACAAGACGUCGCCGCAAUCGUCCGACGCAAGCGGGAACGAUCGGGAACUUGGUCUUGACUCGAGGAAACGUUAAGCACUGAGUGUGAAAUAGGAGUACAGAAUAAAACACAACUCACGUUCAAA